UGUUCGGUUGGGAAGUAGUAAUGAAAAAGUGUGUUUUCUUCUUGUUUUAAAAUGCAUAUUGCACACCCUCAGAAGGAUGAGUAUCGCAAGAAGAAGCAUACCUACAACGAAAGGUAUCCAAGCUUCUUUUGCAUAGAAGAGGGCCAUUUCCCUGUGAUGGAAGAGAUACGCAACGCACUGGCGCGAGGUUUCGAUUAUGAGGAACUGUAUUCCCGCAUACCCCACGUGCAAAAGAAUGGUAUUGUGGAGCGUAUUACUCGCAAUACCUGCGAACAGAUGGUGCAAAUGUUUGGCAUAAAGGUCGUUUCGGAACAGAAGAAAAAACAGAAUCAAAAAGAAAACAACACCACACAUCAAAACGGUGUCGAAAGUCAUCAGUGAGCUGUAAAACUGUCCUGCAAAUCCCAAUUCGUUCAUAUAUUCUAGCCGACAAGGAUACUUACGCUGACCAGGUUGUUGUAGGAAUCAUCG